AUUAUCAGAAUUCAUUUAUCAUAUCUAGAAUUUUAAACCUUUCGAAAAUAUUUAUUUUACAAAUGAAAAAGAUAUUGAAUGUUUAAGUUUCUAAUAAUAAAAAUAUAUGUAUAGGUAAAUAAAUAGUUUGAAAAGAAUAAAAAAAAAUAAAAGUAAAGUUUUAUAGCCGGUACGGCACAACUUUUUCAAACACGAAAACACACACAGAAAUAGCAAAAAUUUUGUUGAAUCAAACAAAAUCGAACUUUCUUUUUAACAGGAAAUCAGAAAAUUUUGAAGGGAGACUUCUUGGAAUCGGAAGACCAUUUUGAACUAAGAGCUCAACAAUUUAUUAUUUUAUAUAUUAAUUUGCUUGUCAGUAUUAGUUCAAGGAACAUAUUCUAAGCCAGUAACAAUGAAUGGUAAUAGUAAAGAAAUUUAUGAGGAGGAUACUAUGCAAGAGAAUAAUAAUAAUGGUGAAAAUUAUGAAGAUAAAUGUGGUCGAAUAUUAGAUUCAUUUGAUAAAAUAAGGCAACAAGCUAUUGUUGCAUAUAAUGAAAUAAAUGGUGAUCGACUGAAUAAUUAUGUUUCUAAAAUAUUCAAUUUAACACAUGAUCAACAACAUAAUGAAUGGAAACAGACACACUUUUUAUGGUUAUAUCCAAAAGGUUAUCCAAAUAAUGGUAUUUUACCAUAUGAUGAUUAUACACAACCAAUACCGGUUGAACAAUUACAUCAUUUACGUAAAGUUGAUAGACAAAUGUUGGAAAAUGAAUUGACAGAAUUAUUCAAACGGAUGAAUUUAAUUGCAAUUGUUGCAAAAAAAAUUGAAAAUAUUAUACAAGCAGAAAAAAAUGCCCACCGUAAAUAUGGACGUAAUCAUCGUUCUGUACAAAAUUAUUUUAAAACUCAAGCUGAUAUGGCAGAUGAUGUUAUUAAAGAAGUUGAAUAUGCAUUUAGACAAAUUGGCUUAAAGAAACCAGAAUUAAAUGAACCAAUUAAUGUUACUGAUCAAGAUUUAAAAAGUGAAGUAAUACAUUGGGUUGUAACACGUGAACAUUUAAAAUUAUUAAAUUAUGUACGUAGUGCAUUUGAAGAAAUUCGUAAAAAUGAAUGUUUGUAAAAGGUAUAUAUAUAUAUGUAUAUAGUGUUUGUAACACAAAAUUAUUAUUAAUUUUUUAAAACAAAAAUAAAUAUUUGCUUAAUAUAAAAUAUUCGAAAUAAUGAUGUGUAACCAUUUUAAUUGUAUUAUUAUAAAUUAUUUAAUUGAAUAUUUAAAAAAAAAUGCAUGUUAUUGUGUUUUAAAGAAAAAACAAAAUUAACAAGAAUUUUUAAGCAUAGAAGAAAGAAAAAUAUAUGCAAAAUAUGUAAGAAAAAUAUUAAAUG